AUGCCCGCGGGCAAGGGGGCCCCCAGGGGCCCCCACGGCCUCCCCAACCGGGUGCAGUGUACCCUCGAGGGGCCCCGGGAAAGCCCCGUGGUUUCUCACGAAAUGGAGGUUUUUGAUUUGGAGACUUUUGAAAAGAAUUUGAAAAUCAAAAUUUUGGAAUGCAAACCCCAAAUCGUGGUUUUGGAACUCAAGGGUUGCGACGCCUCCCUCGCCAACGCCCUUCGCCGCAUCCUCAUCAUAUACGCGCGGGACUUGAAGUGGAUUCCAAUGUCGGAGAGACAAAAGCAAAAAUUUGCACAAGACCCUCCCGCCCCAGUCCACCCCGACAUCUUAAUUACAAAACUCAGGCCAGGCCAGGAAAUUGAACUGUUCGGCUUCCUAGAGAAGGGGCUGGGGAAGACGCAUGCGAAAUGGUCGCCGGUGGCGACUGCGGUGUACAGACUGGAGCCUGAGUUUGUCUUCACAAGCCCAAUAGAAGGCGAAGAUGCGGAAGAGCUAAAGGAGUUAUGUCCCAUGGGGGUUUUCGAUAUUGAAGAUUCCACUGGCCGUGCCUACGCGAAGUUCCCUCGAAAUUGCACGACUUGUCGUGCAUGUUUGGAGCGUUUUGAAAAUCAGUUGCAACUCAACAAGAUCCCGGACCAGUUCAUUUUUUCAAUCGAGUCGACUGGCUCGGUGCCGGCCCCAGAGCUGUUCGAGAUGGCAGUGGAGGUCUUGCUGGAAAAGGCAAUUACCUUUCGCGAGAUCAUAAGGACGAAGCAGCUGGAGUAA